AUGAAGGCAGCUUUCGAGGAAUGGCAUCACUGGCUGGAGGGCGCUCAGUAUCCUUUCACCGUCCUCACCGAUCACAAAAACCUGCCAUUCACCUCGCGCAGAACAAGUUCUGGUGGCCGUCACUGUCCGAAGACACAUGAGACUUUGUCAAGAACUGCACUGUCUGCAAUACCUCAAAAGCCUCCCAUCAACUACCUGCCGGACUCCCUAGCCUCUCCCAGUCCCACAGCGACCCUGUGGACAAGUGGUUUUGUAGAAGCGAGGAGACAUUUAAUGAAGCGCAUCACCAGCUACAGAGAGCCAUCAGGAGGCAAAAAACUCCAGGCUGACAGACCCCGCAGACCGCACCCAGAUUAUCAACCCGGUCAGUGGGUCUGGCUCUCCACCCGAGACAUCUGUCUCUGCCUACCCUGCAGAAAGCUUAGUCCUAGAAUGUACUUGACUCCACUGUACUUUAUAGUGGAACUGAGGAAAGGCCAGAUUCUCCUGUAUCCAGAUGUGUGUCCUUUUAAGAGUGAAAACUCCAAGCCACAAUCUAUCAAAUUUAAAGGGGGAAGAGAAUCUCAGGAAAGAGAUCAUUCUGACCCUGAGGCUCCUGCAAAAAGACUCACAUUAAAAAAGAAGAAUACAGACGACAACAUCUUCAAAGAUCUUGAGGAUAAAAUUAUUGUAUUUAUAAAAGAUGAGCUGGAGAUGUUUAAGAAAUGUCUAAGAAAAGAAAACACAAGAAACAACAGCGAUGUGAGGGAUGAUUUGUGGAGUGUAAAAGAAGCAGCUCUUGAUAUGACAUUAUACUUUCUGAAGUUGAUGGAACACAAUGACCUUGCUGAUGCACUCCAGGAUGCACUAAUAGGAGUUCAGCAGUGUGCACUCAAAUCAAACCUGAGUAAGAAGUACAAAUAUGUAUGUGAAGGAAUUGCAAAGCAAGGAGAGUUCAACAUUCUUAACAAGAUCUAUACAGAUCUGUGUAUCACUGCAGGUGGAAGUGGACAAAUGAAUAAACAACAUGAAGUGAGACAAAUUGAAAAGAAAAAAACUUGUGUGCAAACUGAAAUUCAAAUAGAGCAGGAGGAACAAAUUGAAUGCAAGAACAUGUUUAAACCUUCACCUGGAGAAGAAAAACCCAUCAGAACUGUGGUGACACAAGGGGUCGCUGGUAUCGGAAAAUCCAUCUGUGUGCAGAAGAUUGUUCUAGACUGGGCUGAAGGGAAAGAAUAUCAGGACAUAAAGUUCAUAUUUCCGCUGCCUUUCAGAGAACUGAAUUUAAAAGAAAAGGAAAGAUGCAGUUUGAGGGACAUCAUCUAUCAGUUUUUCCCAGAAACAGAAGGAAUGAGAUUCACAGACAGGUAUAAAGUCAUGUUCAUCUUUGAUGGACUGGAUGAGUGUCGACUUCCUCUAACAUUCCAUGAAAACCAAAAGUGUACUGAUGUAACAGAGAAAGCCUCACUGGACACUAUAAUAACAAACCUCAUUGAAGGAAAUCUGCUUUCGUCUGCUCUCAUCUGGAUAAACACUCGACCAGCAGCAGCUGCUAAGAUCCCUGCUGAACAUGUGGACCGGGUCACAGAGGUAUGUGGCUUCAAUGAUGAACAAAAGGUGGAGUACUUCAGAAAGAAAAUCAGUGAUGAGAGUCUGGCCAACAGAAUCAUUGAUCAUAUUAAAAGAUCAAGAAGUCUCUUCAUCAUGUGUCAUAUUCCAGUCUUCUGUUGGAUUUCAGCCACUGUACUUGAAGAUAUUUUGGGGAGAUCAGACUGUGAAGACAUUCCACAGACUCUGACGGAGAUGUACACAUGUUUUCUGAUCUUUCAGACCAUACAGGGGGACAAGAAAUACGAUAGAAAUAAUGCCUCAGACAUUCCAUGGAAUAAAGAUGGAAUUCUUUCACUGGGAAAGCUUGCCUUUAGUCACCUGGAAAAAAACAACCUGAUUUUCUAUGCAGAAGAUCUAAAAGCUUGUGGAAUUGAUGCCAGUGACAUAGAGGUGUACUCAGGAGUGUGCACUCAGGAGACUGGCAGAUUUCUAGGCACAGUUUUCAGCUUUGUGCAUCUCAGCAUUCAGGAGUUCAUUGCUGCCUUGUUUACAUAUGUUUGUGUCCGAAAUGAAAACAAGAAUGUUUUUGAGCAAUCAGAAGAGAAUAAAGAAACAAAAGUUAUUGAUUUGCUCAAGAUCACAGUGGACAAGGCUUUGGAGAGUGAAAACGGACACUUGGAUCUUUUCCUCCGCUUCCUUCUGGGCCUCUCAGUGGAGUCUAAUCAGAAGCUCAUUCGAGGUCUAUUGACAAACACAGGAAGCAGCUCUGACUGCCAAAAGGACAUAUCUGAGUACAUCAAGUUAAAGUUUGAACAAAAACCAACUCCAGAGGGAUCAAUCAAUCUGUUCUACUGUCUGAACGAGUUAAAUGAUGAUUCACUGAUGAAAGAGAUCCAAAGCUACAUGAGCUCAGGUCGUCUGUCUGAAGCUGAACUCUCACCUGCUCAGUGGUCUGCUCUGGUCUUUGUGUUGCUGACAUCAAAGGAGGAUCUGAAAGUGUUUGAGCUGCAGAAGUUCAUAAGAUCAGACGAUUGCUUUAAGAGACUGUUACCAGUCGUCCAGGAAGCCACAAAAGUUCUGCUCAGUGAGUGUAACCUGACAGAGAGAAGCUGCAGGUCUUUACACACAGUUCUCAGCUCAGAAUCCUCCGAGCUGACUGAGGUGGAUCUGAGCAGUAAUCCUCUGGAGGACUCAGGAGUGAAGCAGCUUUGUGCUGGACUGAAGAGUCCAAACUGUAAACUGGAGACACUGAGACUUUCUGACUGCAGUAUAACAGAGGAAGGAUACACUUUUCUGGCUGAAGCUCUGAGACAGAAUUCAUCAUCACACCUGAGAGAGCUGGAUCUCGGAGGGAACAACCCUGGAGCUUCAGGAGUGAAACUACUUACUGACAACAAAGUUUACAACCUGAAGCUUAGGUUGUUAAAAAGUCCUGAUGCAGAGGAAGCCUACAUGUGUCUUACAAAAAUGUUCAGUAAGAACCCCUUACUGCACACGGAGCUGGAUCUGAGCACCAAAACACCAAAGAACAUCAAAGUGAAGCAGCUUUCAGCUCUGCUGCAGGAUCCACAUUACAGACUGCAGAAACUUACGUCCUGGGGGAUUGUGGUUCUCAGGGAUCUGAAUGACUCCACUGCUGUCACAAUACUGCCCAUGAUACUUGUGACAAUCGUCAGUAUGCUUUACUUCAUUGAGUUUGUCAAGUAUCGGAAGUUGUGA